UUAGAAAUAAACAACGAUUCUAUUGAUAUUAAUUGUUGUAAUUAGUAAAGGAUUGGAGACUGAACAAUACAAUGAACAAGGAAAUAAAGAUGAUAAUAAACGUGAAGAUAACAUGAUUGAUUCAACAAGAAUUAAACAACAUAAACAUGAGAAUAAAUAUAACAAUGAUGAAAAUACACAAAAUCAAACAUAUAAUCGGUUGACUAAUACCAUUCAAAAUAUUUAUAAUAAUAUACAUUUGAUAGCUGAAGCACCAUCAGAAUCAGUACCACAAGCUCUAAAAGAUAAUUCAGCAACAGUAUCACAUGGAGGUUCAACACUAUCAGGACAAGGAAAUGAAGAAACAACACAUGGAGAUGCAACACAAGCAUUGCCACAAGGAGUAUCAGUACCACCAGCACAAGGAGAUAAAAGUCCAUCACCACCAGCAUCAGCAGAAAAUCCACAAGCAUCAAAAGGAAGUGAACCACCAGCAAAACCAUCAGAAGAAAAAUCACCACAACCAGGAGUGUCAUCAUCAGGAGAACCAUCACCAGCCCCAUCUAAACAAGUAUCUGGAGGAUCACCAUCACCAGCAUCUCAAUCAGGAGCUGUAACACCAGAGGCACCAGCAUCUCAACAUGGACCAACACCAGUAGAAGGAGGUUCAGUAACAACAGGAGGAGAUACUAAUCAAGUACUACCUAAACCAGAAAAACCACAACCUACAGAAACAAAUGCACAAACUCCUCCAACAACAUCACAACAAGAACAACCUCCAUCAGUUCCAGCCUCAACACAACCAGCAUCAGGAAAUGAACAAACAACACAAUCAACAAAAGGGCAAAACCCACAAAACUCACCAUCAACACAAUCUGGAGAAACAUCAGAUGGACAAAAACAAGGACAACCACCAUCAACUUCAUCACAACCAUCAUCAUCAGGUGAUUCAACACAACAAUCACCACAGUCACCAACGACACAAACGACUUCCUCCUCAACAACAAAUACCCCACAAACAUCACAACCACAAACUAACACAAACCCUUCAACUGUAACACCAUCAAAAGAUAAGCCAAACACAGCACCAAACGACGACUCACAAAAAGAAAAGCCACAACCACAACAAACAAAGCCAGAAGAAAAACCACAACCACCAUCACAACCACAGCAAAAUCAACCACAACAACAAAAUGAAAAACAAGAUAAUAAAAAUACAACUACUUCUGAUAAUUCACAUGAUAAAAUUAUUGUUAGUUCUGAUGAUAUUUCUGAUAAUCACAAUAAUCUUGAUGGUGCAUCACCCGUGUUUAUGUUGUUGGCUUUUGUUAUUCAGUUGAUAUUCUUCUAA